AUGGUACUCGAAGCUCUAACAGCACGAACAGGCGUUGUUAUACCCAGCGGGCCUGAUACGAAGCAGGGCCACAACUUUGUGUUUGUGAACAUACCUCUACUCGCAGUGUCUAUAGCCGUUGUCGCCUUUCGCGUUUGGUGGCGGGUCAUUAAGAAAGGCGGGGCGUGGAACAGGGCCGAUAUCUGUGUUUUGGUUUGUACCGUAUUCAACAUUAUCCAAGUGACUUGUAUCUCCGUUGCGAUUCUGAAAUGGGGCUUUGGACACCAUGCAUCCUAUCUCUCCGCAGAGCAGCGCUACCAGUCUUUGCUAUACUUUUUCGUAUUCCAGUGCUUCGUCAAGAUCACUGUCGGCAUUACGAAACUCUCCUUCCUCUUCCUCUACCUUGAUAUCUUUCCCCAAAGAUCGUUCCGCUUUAUCUGCUGGGCUCUGAUCGUUCAGAUAUCUCUUGGGCUCGUUGCUCUGGGCCUAACAACAAUCUUCCAGUGCACUCCUGUCCAAUACUCAUGGAACAAGACUAUACCAGGCGGCACAUGGCUAGUGGCGUUCUGGUAUGGUCAGUCGGGGUGGAACACCUUAAUGGAUAUCGUGGUCCUCGUCUUGCCCAUCCCUGUGGUUUUGAAGUUACAGAUGAAUCGGCGCGCCAAGCUCGGUCUCCUGGCAGUCUUUCUUCUAGGAGCAUUCGUAUGUAUAACCAGCAUCGAGCGUCUGAUCAGUCUCAACUUUAACGCCACAUUCGCUAAGGACUUUACCUGGGCAACUGGAACCUCAGUCAUAUGGACCCAAGUCGAAUCAACCGUCGGUGUCAUCUGUGCCUGCGCACCGUCAUUGAGAAUACCGUUGGCUCGGUUCAUUCCGUUCCUCUUUGGCUCCACAAAGCCUGUGGAUUCUUAUCCACUGAGCGACGGCGUCUCAAACGGUGCGGGGCCACGAUCUGGUAACUGGAUGGACCAGUCCAGCCGCUCGAAGAAGGACUCAGAGCAUGACAUCGAAGGCGACGACCUGGCGACGCCCUACAAGAGCGGAGGAAGCGAAGAGAGGAUCAUGGGCAUCAAAAAGACCGUUAGCGUGGACUUGACAUACUUGGAACGGCCUGGGGAGGAAAACGUGGAUGGGAGCAAGAAGUAUGAGGAGCACCGGUAUGAUCGUCAUAUUGUGUGAAGUACAGGUGCUAAGAUAUUGUUCCUUACUGCCAUGGAAUACUGGGCAGUGGUAAGGGUUGGGAGUUUU